AUGUUUCGUGCAUUGAUUAAACUUCAUAUUCAUUUAAAAAUUGAAGUUACAUUUGAAUAUUUAGGUCAAUUUGAAUGUGUUAAAUCGAAAUGGGGUUUGGCAUUAGCAGCAACUGUACAAAUUGUUGUUUCUCUAUUGAUUUCCUUAGCAUUAUCCUCAUUGUUUUAUAUGACGCCGCGUCUUGAUGGCGGCGAAGUCUUUCCCUACUUGGUCAUUUUCAUUGGAUUAGAAAAUUUAGUUGUGUUAACUCGAGCAGUAACAUCGUCGCAAGCUCAAAAACAGUAUGAUGACGUUCGAGAACGUGUUGCUCAUGCCCUUCGUGCUGAAUCAUGGACAAUAUCGAAACAUUUAGUUUAUGAAUUGGUUAUUGUCAUGUUCGGCUUCAUAACUUAUGUUCCGACGGUCCGAGAAUUUUGUCAAUUAGCAUUGAUUGGAAUAUUGAUCGAUUUUCUAAUGCAAAUUAAUUUCUGGUUAGCUGUUCUAAGUAUCGACAUUCGAAGAUUUACGGUUGGCGUACGAAAGAAAAUGAAUCGAAAUUCAGAAGAGAAGAAAGAAGAAAUUAAGUUAUCGUUGCCAAUGAAAAUGCCACAUUUACCUCACCGAAGACAACUACAGCAACAAUCUCAAUGGGCUCGUUAUCGUUUAUUACAACGUGGGAGUAUGUUUCUUGUCCUUGUGUGGGUAAUCCUGAUUUUCUACAAGUCAUGUCUAAUUGUUGAUUUACUACAUAAAAAUGUACAAAUUAACCGUGAAGAAAUUAAAGACUAUGUUCCAGAAAAAAUGCUCAAAGAACAUUAUGGUUCAUCAUCAUACGAUUCACAAAGCAUAUUUGAAGAUCAAUUAAUGAGCAACUUGUCUUUACCGAAUUAUGAAUGGCACACAAUUUUAUCCUAUGAUCAUUGGCCGACAUUGUUCUCGUUUUAUAAUAUUUCGUAUGACAAUCGAUAUUUAACGAUUAUGCCAUCACUCUACUUACCAGUUAUAUCGUCCGAAGAUCAACAAUUGGAUUUCACAAGCAAAGCUUCCUAUCGAAAAACAUCACAUCGGCCUUUACUUGAUGCAACAAUAACCAGUUCAAGUAGUUCAUUAAUUGAUGGCCGAUUUUCAACAGCACUUUGGGAACUUCUUUUUAUUGUAUUAUUUGGCUUCGCAUUAUUCAGUAUCGUUUAUUUUUUCUUUUUUUCUUCGACAUUUUCAUCGAUUUCAUCUCAUCAUCGAUCAAUAUCUUACGUGAAAAGCGAUCAUUCAAUCGUUCCAACAAUCUUAACACCCUCUUCAUCAACAGCUCUUGUCGAAUCAAUAUGCGUCCAAGAGAAUGGUUCGAUUGUUUCUGUCGCUUAUUCCAAUGGAUCGAUUUGUAUGUGGAAUCCUCAAACAGGUGGAAUUUUAUAUCAACAGCAAAGAUAUUCUGACAAGACAAUUAACCAUAUUUGGUGUUCAUUAAUGAUCGACGAACAUCGAAGUUUAUUCGGUUGUUCCGAUGGACAAAUUGAACUUUAUCCAAGCAAUAAUUUACCGAAAAACACCUUUUUUUAUCAUCACGAACUUGGCGGAAUAACACAUCUUGUUCGCGCAUCAUCAACGAUCAUCGUAGCUGCAACACGUCGUGGCUAUCUGAUCGCAUUUGAAUAUAUCAACGGUUUAGUUAAAGAACUUUAUAUUAAACGUCUACAUCAAUGGCCAAUACGAACCUGUCAAGUCGAUAUGAAUUCUUCAUUGAUAUUUACGGGUAGUGACGAUCAUUCAAUAAAAGUCACACAUGUUUCCAAUGGUUCUUUAUUGCACACUCUACACAAACAUCAAGCACCUGUGAAUUGUCUUGCGAUCGAUCCUUAUCAUCCGACGACUUUGGUCAGUGGCUGUUUUCAAGGAAUGCUAUGUGUAUGGAAUAGUGAAAGUCUUGUUCAAAGUAAUGCUAAUGCGCAUCCAUCAUCGAUAAUAAUCGAUAUAAAUUUUUGUGGUCAUUCUUCGAAUAUCGUUAGUCUUGGUACAGAUAAGCGCUUAUGUAUUUGGACAUACAAAAGUCUUCAAUUACUUCAUGAAUUAACAGGCGUAACAUCCACAUGUUUUGCGAUUUAUCGUACAAAUUAUUUGUUUUAUACGCAAUUGAAUUCUCUUUUUAUAUCUGAUAUAUUCAAUUCGAGUAAAACAUCCACGCGACAAUUUCGAAUACCAUUUCUGAAUGAUCUAAAUAAAGACGAAAAUGAAAUGAAUAUUGACAAACUAACAUAUGCAUCUCAAAAUGAAACGUUAAUUUUACAAAAUUCGGAUAUUAUCUAUGCAAUGUAUUUACCCCAACGAUUAUUUCUUAUAACAUCAUCGACGUGUCGGUGGCACUCAUUCAAAUUUGUCAGUAUUGGUAUGACUAAUCCUGAAUUUACUCAUCAAAAUUAUUACUGGCCAGGAAGAUUGAUUCCGAACAUCGCUGACAAAGACGAUUGUCAGAUACUGUCUCUAAGCUCAACACCAAACCUUCCAACGUACGAUCAACUAAUUACUCCCUGCCCCCCAAAUAAUUAUUUAAAAUCAUCCGAUGCUAUUGUAACUGGUUUAUCAUCAUCGUACUCGUAUUCAUCGUCAGCAAAACAAAUCUCAUCCACAUCUCCAAUUUCAUUUCAACCAAUUCAUUUGUUAGUACCAGCUCAUACCCCGCCUUAUUCAUCGUCGAUGUCCAACUCAAUGAAUAUAACGCCACGAAAACGUAAACAACCGUCAAAUGAUUCUUCAACAUUCUUGACACCUUCAAUUCCUGCGAAACGAUCAGCACCAUUAACAAUGUUUUUUCCAAAACUAACGCCGCUCGAUAGUUCAGUUGUGAUGCAUCAGAACAAUAAUAGUAAACUCACUCAAGCUGAUUCUCCAUUCUCAAACUGUACAUCUAGUCAACAUCUUGAUCUUGAACAAGAACAAUUGACAAAUGAAAUUGAUAAAUUACGGUCUGCGAAAUUGGAAACUCAACGUCAAUAUGAAUCCACGAUGGAAACAAUAAAACGUUGUCUUCUAAUGACACGUUCAUUACUCGUAGAAAAAUCUCAGAUAGAAAAGAAACAAGCUCGACAUAAAGCAAUGGAAAAUCGACUACGUCUGGGUCAAUUUGUUACACAACGACAAGGAACUUCUUUCGUCGAACAAUGGGUUGAUGGAUCUGAUUUUGUCGAUAAACAACGUGCACAAGAACAGUUAGCGCGUGCAAAAGAAAAUCUUGAUAAAGAAAGAAAAAAUUUGAUUAAGAAGAAAGCUUUAAUUCAACAACAAAUGGCAGUAACAACGUCAACCACUGAUGAUAUGAAUCAGAUCCAUUUACAAGACUCAAUAUUCAUUCCACCAACUAAACCAAAACGAGCAAGUAAAGCUGCAACAAACAAAACAUUCACAAAUCAACAAAAACUUCAGUUUUCAUCCGAAAAUUCCAACGAUGGUCAUUUAUUCUAUUUCAAUGAUAAUCAUAUUCCUCACGACAGUGGAAAUUCCUCUUCAUCUUCAUCAUCUUCGUCAUUAGUGUCAAGUUCAUCAUCAUUGAUAAUGACAUUACAAGAUUGGUAUGAAUACGAUGAAGUUCUUCGUCUUCGACAAUUGACAUUAAAACGUGAAGAAUGCGAUUUAGCACAAGAUUUAGAAAAACUGGAUCGAGAAAGAAAUGUUCAUAUACGAGAAUUAAAACGCUUAUACAAUGAAGAUCAUUCAAGAUUUAAUCAAAAUAAUGUCCUUAAUGAACGUUACUUAUUGUUAACAUUAAUUGGUAAAGGCGGUUUCAGCGAAGUACAUCGUGCAUUCGACUUACGUGAACAACGUUAUGUUGCCUGUAAAAUUCAUCAACUGAAUAAAGAAUGGAAAGAUGAAAAAAAAGUCAAUUAUAUUAAACAUGCUUUGAGAGAAUAUAACAUUCAUAAACAUUUGGAACAUAAACGCAUCGUGAAAUUGUUUGAUGUUUUUGAAAUUGAUACAAAUUCAUUUUGUACAGUUUUGGAAUAUUGUGAUGGGAAUGAUUUGGAUUUCUUUCUCAAACAAAAUAAAACAAUUCCGGAAAAAGAAGCACGAUCAAUUAUCAUGCAAACGGUGAAUGCAUUGAGAUAUCUCAAUGUAGACAUUAAACCACCUGUGAUACAUUAUGAUUUAAAACCGGGAAAUGUUCUUUUAGGCACAGGAAGUCAAAGUGGUGAAGUUAAAAUUACUGAUUUCGGCUUAUCAAAACAAAUGCAUGAAGAUACAUUUGAUGCUGAUGAUGGAAUGGAUCUAACAUCACAAGGUGCCGGUACUUAUUGGUAUUUACCACCAGAAGUUUUUGUUCAAGGGCCAAAUCCUCCUAAGAUUUCAUCAAAAGUUGAUGUAUGGAGUGUUGGAUGUAUUUUUUAUCAAUGUUUAUAUGGUCGUAAACCUUAUGGUCAUAAUCUAUCUCAAGCGGCUAUUCUAGAGAAUCAGACAAUCUUAAACGCAAAAGAAGUACAAUUUCCUAAUCGACCACAAGUAUCAAAUGAAGCCAAAUUAUUCAUUCGAAGAUGUUUAACUUAUCAAGCACGUGAUCGUCCAGAUGUUUUACAACUAAGUGAAGAUGAAUAUUUAAGAUCGAACUCCAAACGUUCAACAGCAACAACAUCUUCACUCCUUUUUUGUCCCAAAUAA